UCCCCACCGAACCACCAGACUUAUCUUCUGGCAGGGUGCCCGCCGCCUCCCACACCUUGCGGCCUCGCGAUGAGCUCCAAAGGCAGCGCUGCGAGGCGGCCGGUGAAGAAGGGGAUCGACCUCGACGACGCCCGCAGGAAGCGUGAGGACAACAUUGUGCAGCUGCGCAAGGACCGUAGGGAUGAAAGCCUGCAGAAGAAGCGCAUGGUCAGCGCCGUGGUGGCGGAGGGGGGCGAGCUGGAGUCCAACCGCGCCGGCCAGGCGGUGCAGCAAAAGCUGGAGAGCCUGCCCGCCAUGGUGCAAGGCGUGUGGUCAGAGGACAACCAGGCACAGCUGGAGGCCACCACGCAGUUCCGCAAGCUGCUGUCCAUCGAGCGCAACCCUCCCAUCGAGGAGGUGAUUGCUCAGAACGUGAUCCCGCGCUUUGUGCAGUUCCUGCAGCGCGGCGACCUGCCGCAGCUGCAGUUUGAGGCGGCCUGGGCCCUCACAAACGUGGCCUCCGGCACCAGCGACCACACCAAGGUGGUGAUCGACGCGGGCGCGGUGCCCAUCUUUGUCCAGCUGCUGCACUCGCCCAUUGACGACGUGCGGGAGCAGGCGGUGUGGGCCCUGGGCAACAUCGCGGGCGACUCGCCGCGCUGCCGCGACCUGGUGCUGGGCCACGGAGCGCUGGCGCCGCUCAUGGAGCAGCUCAAGGACAACACCAAGAUGUCCAUGCUGCGCAACGCCACCUGGACGCUGUCCAACUUCUGCCGCGGCAAGCCGCAGCCCGACUUUGGGCAGGUCAAGGCCGCGCUGCCCGCGCUGGCCCGCCUCAUCCACAGCCAGGACGAGGAGGUGCUGACCGACGCCUGCUGGGCGCUGUCCUACCUGUCGGACGGCACCAACGACAAGAUACAGGAGGUCAUCAACUCGGGGGUCUGCCGCCGCCUGGUGGAGCUGCUGCUGCACCAGUCGCCCAGCGUGCUGGUCCCCGCCCUGCGCACGGUGGGCAACAUCGUGACGGGCGACGAUAUGCAGACGCAGAUCAUCAUCAACUGCGGCGCGCUGCCCUGCCUGCUCAACCUGCUGACCACCAGCCACAAGAAGAGCAUCAAGAAGGAGGCGUGCUGGACCAUCUCCAACAUCACUGCAGGCACCAAGGAGCAGAUCCAGACGGUGGUGGAUGCGGGCAUCGUGCCGCCGCUCAUCCACCUGCUGGCCACCGCCGAGUUCGACAUCAAGAAGGAAGCGGCCUGGGCCAUCAGCAACGCCACCAGCGGCGGCACCAACGAGCAGAUCAAGUACCUGGUGAGCCAGGGCGGCAUCAAGCCGCUCUGCGACCUGCUCUCCUGCUCCGACGCACGCAUCGUCACGGUGGCGCUGGAGGGGCUGGAGAACAUCCUCAAGGUGGGCGAGGCGGAGAAGGAGCUCGGGGGCGCCGCCGCCACCAACCCCUUUGCGCAGCUGGUGGAUGAGGCGGAGGGUCUGGACAAGAUCGAGGACCUGCAGAACCACAGCAACGAGGACAUCUACGAGAAGGCUGUGGCCAUACUGGAGGCCUACUUUGAUGUGGAGGAUGGGGAGGAGGAGAACCUGGCGCCCGCGGUGGAGGGGGGCACCUAUGCUUUUGGCGCGCCGCAGGGCUUUGGCGCGGCUGCCCCCGCCGGCGGCUUCAACUUUGGCAUGCAGCAGUGAGGGCUGCAGCCGCCAGCCGGCCGGGAGCGCUAGCACCGCCCCCGGCGGCUCCCCCUUUAGUACCCUCUCUCUCCGCGCUGCCGCCAGCCAGGGCCGCCGCCAAAGCAGCAGCCGGCCGCGGCAGCGGCGCACACACACUAGCAUCCUGCCCGGGUAUGGCACGCCCCGCCGCCCUGCGUCCACCUCCCCACGCACUUCCUGCGCGGGCGCAGCAGGCCUCCCCCGGGCGCCGGGCCCUCCCUCCUCGCUCCAAUCUGCAUCCCUGCAUUCUUUCCUGCAUUUGCUUGCAUGCACUGACUGUACUCUACUGCCGCUCCUGCUUGGCGCUGACUGUGUGUGUGUGUCCCUCGGUGUGCACGGCCUUGCUUCCUGGCCCUUCUAUGUUAGCUUCAUCGGCCCUCGUGUGCCCCAAUUCUGCCGGUAUGCGCCCCACCUCACUUUCACUUUGACCGGCGUGUAAGCAACACGCUGCU